AUGUCAAAGCUAAUCGAGGUGUUUCUGGUGAAUCUGUGGACGCAGCGCUUCACCUUUGCCUGCAUGGGACUGGAUUUGCAGCCCAAAAAGGGCAAAGUUCUGCAAUCCCCGGCUCUUUAUGGCAUCAUGUUUCUGGCCACCGGCUUUGAACUGUGCACCGUGUGCGCGUUUAUGGUCCAACAUCGCAACCAAAUCGUGCUCUGUUCCGAGGCCUUGAUGCAUGGCUUGCAGAUGAUCUCCUCGCUGCUGAAGAUGGCCAUAUUCUUGGCCAAAUCCCACGACCUGGUGGCCCUCAUUCAUCUGAUUCAGGCUCCUUUUACGGAGCUCGGGGAUCGAGGAGUCUCGGAAUGGAGAGCCCAGAAUCACAGGGGCCAACUGAUGGCCGCCAUUUACUUCAUGAUGUGUGCAGGAACGAGUGUCUCCUUUCUGCUGGUGCCAGUGGCUUUGACCAUGACCAAAUACUUUUCCACUGGUGAUUUCGCACCAGCCAGCUCCUUUCGGGUGAUACUUCCCUACGACGUGACCCAACCGCAUAUUUAUGCCAUGGACUGUUGCCUGAUGAUUUUUGUGCUGAGCUUCUUCUGCUGCUCCACCACCGGAGUGGAUACCUUAUAUGGAUGGUGUGCCCUGGGCUUGAGUUCCCAGUACCGUCGUCUUGGUCAGCAAUUGCAGUGUAUCCAAAUGAACUCCGAUUCCUCGCGUUCUGAUUUGGGCCUAAGUUCCCUUUUUUCCGAACAUGCUCGUCUUCUAAGAUUGGUGCAACACUUUAAUGCCAGCUUUAUGGAGAUCGCUUUCGUAGAGGUUCUGGUAAUCUGUGUGCUCUAUUGCUCCGUGAUCUGCCAGUUCAUAAUGCCGCAUACCAACCAGAAUUUUGCCUUUCUUGGCUUCUUUUCGAUGGUGGUCACUACGCAGUUGUGCAUUUACCUUUUCGGAGCGGAACAAGUGCGUUUGGAGGCCGAGAGAUUUUCCAGCCAGCUCUACGAAGUAAUCCCCUGGCAGAGACUUUCCCCACAACAUCGAAGACUUUUCAUUUUUCCACUUCAACGAGCUCAACGCGAAACUGUUCUGGGGGCAUAUUUUUUCGAACUGGGAAGACCUCUUCUCGUUUGGAUAUUUCGCACAGCGGGCUCCUUUACAACUUUACUGAAUGCCCUGUAUGCAAAAUACGAGACGCCUUAA